ACAACUAAUAUUUAUAUAACUGUUACUUUGUGUUUGCUGGGACUUUAUUUCAAGUGGGGGCUUUACUUUUUAAUACUCGUCAAUAUUCAACGUACCGUGCAAAGUAAAAAAUGUUGUGUCCAAAAAAACCCACUGAAAUUCUUGUUAUCUUAACAAGCGAUAAUGGCAUCGCUGGAGGACAGUUGGAAGGAAGCCACGGAGGACUUGGAUGAGAGGGUCUGCGACUACUGGUUCGCGUGGCUGCAGGAGCUCUACUCGGAUGAGAAACGCACGUAUCACAACCUGGACUCGCUCAGGGAGAAGUUGAACCACUAUCACGAGAUCAAGGGAAACCUGAAGAAUCCACGAGCCGUGUUGCUUGCGAUAUUCUUUCAAAACUUCGAGUACGAUCCCAAAGCUAUGGACGACGAGGACAAAAAUGUCGAUCACUUCACCAGUUUCGCCAACCAAGCUGACAUUCCAUCGGACUCCAAGCUGAGAGAGGAGACGUGCGUCCUGCUCAAAGUGGCUGCGACUCACAGUACCGACGCGCACAAGGUGGGUGGUGCUUACGGCGGCGAUGACGUCCACUACUUUCUGGACUUGGACAUGGCGGUGCUCGGCUCCUCGCCGGAUAGUUACGCCGAGUACAGGGAGCGGAUACGCGGAGAAUAUUAUUUCCUCAGCGAGCCCAUGUACACGGCGUUACGAUUGAAAGUGUUGCAGAACUUCCUGCAAAUCCCGAACAUCUUCGCCACCAUAGAGUUUCGCGAGAAGCUGGAGGAGCAGGCGCGCCAGAAUAUCCAGGCGGAAGUGGAGCUGCUGUCUUAGGAUUCCAUCGUUUCGCCUCGCUACGCUCCCAACUACGGAAAGAAUCUAUCACCGGAUACUAAGUAUUAAAUAUUUCUGACGCGCGCGCGCGCGGCUAUCACAAAUAUUUAAUAAUAUCAAGUAUCAUCGAGGGUUCUCCCGACACGCACUCAUUACUUGAUCUCCGGAGAGAAUCCGCCGAUGAUAGGAACUUGCUUCGACUUUCGACCGAGAAUUUUCACACCAGACAAACACACACACACACACACACACACACACACACACACACACACAGAGUCAGUUUCGGCGCCUACCUCACAGAGAUUACACGCUCGUCGCCGAUUCCGCAGAGGCAGAGUGCAGCGAACGACAAGCCGCGACGAUCCAUCCAUAAUGAGUGAGAAUUUCUCUCGACGAGCGUAAAGAGGACGUUAAUAUGUCGCGCGUCCGUUGUUCCUCGCGCACGAGUACGUUGAGUUGAAUGUUCGCUUAUGUACAUUGUUAUUUUCCGUCGUUUUAGAUAGUCGUUUAUAUACAUUAUACAUAUAUAAUUGUACAUACAAUUGGCUCCUUUUCUCGGGGAAAAAAAUUACAUA